CAGCAGUGCUAAAGUUCUCACUGGGCUGAACCUUAAGCUGAGAGAGAGAGUGAAUGUGUGAGUGAGAGAGAGAGAGAGAGAGAGAGAGUGUGUGAUACACAGUCAGACAGAGAGAGCGAUCCAGGCGAAAGGAGUUGUCAGCGCACACCUCAAGCACAGGCAUCAGUCUAGGUGCUGCAUUGAUCAUGGCAACUUCUUUACCGAGGACACUUGGCGAAUUGCAGCUGUAUCGGAUUCUCCAGCGAGCCAACCUGCUGUCCUAUUACGAGGCCUUCAUUCAGCAGGGAGGAGACGAUGUGCAGCAGCUCUGUGAAGCAGGGGAGGAGGAAUUCUUGGAGAUCAUGGCUCUGGUUGGCAUGGCUAGCAAACCACUGCAUGUCAGGAGGUUGCAGAAGGCUUUGAGGGACUGGGUGACAAAUCCAUCUAUCUUCAAUCAGCCACUGAACUCUCUUCCAGUCAGCAGCAUCCCGCUUUACAAAAUAUCUGAGGGCUCCGUGGCGUUCGCUGGGCUGAAUGCCAACAAUCACGAGAGGAGCCACGGCCACCGGGAGUCUCACAGGAGGCUGCCCAAAUGCUUGGCUGCUAUUUACGGACAAGGCAUGGGUCCCAACAAGUCAUACGUGAUGGGGAGCUCGCCACUGCAGACGGGCGCCAGCGAGCCUCGAUUCUGGCAAGGACACCCCAUGACUGAGAGCGAGCCCAGCCUGUCGCCCGUGGAGCCAGGCUCCCCCUCCUCGCCGAGGGAAAACGCCGAGACUCUGGACAGCGCUGCGGUGGCCGCCAUCACGGAAUGCGUGGAGCGCAUUGCUCAGACCUUUCCACAAACGGACGCAAACGAAGUCAAAGAGUUCGUGAGAAGCAACAAGAAGCUAGCCAAGAUGGUGGGUCACAUUUUUGACAUGGAUGGCGAUGACCCGCACAAAGAGGAAGAGAUCCGAAAAUACAGCGCCAUAUACGGUCGGUUUGACUCCAAGAGGAAGGACGGGAAGCACCUGACUCUACACGAGUUAACUGUUAAUGAAGCAGCUGCUCAGCUCUGUGUGAAGGAGAAUGCUUUGCUUAGUCGGAGAGAUGAGCUAUUUACAUUAGCUCGGCAAGUCUCUCGAGAUGUCACCUACAAGUACACUUACAAAACCUGUAGAUCCAGGUUCACAGAUCAGGAAGAAUCUUCUCCCAAACAAAUAAAGACUGAGGUGUUGCAUUUGCAGGAUAAUUCCCUCAAUAUUCACGAAACCCUACAGACAUUGCAGCAGAGACAGGAGGCUUUAAAAGAGCAAAUGACUCUUGCCAAGACGAAAGGCGAUGAUACGACUGUUCGUAACAUUCAGGCCCAUCUUGAAUCGAUAGCGGCUAAAUAUAUAAUGCUUCUUCGUGAACAAGCCAGGCAUGACAUGUUGCAAGCAUCUGAACGACGUCUGACCACUACAGCUUACAGGCAGCAUUUGGAAGAGCAGAGUUCUCGGAGUCCAUCAGCGGAAAGCGUGGAUGGACAAGGUGAAAAACCACUGAAUCUCAGGAUCUCCAACCAGCAGAACAGGCAAAUAAUACAGGAGAUGGUCGCAAGAGAAAAUCUACAGCAAGUGUCAAAUGAAUUAAACCGGCUUUAUUCUAGCAAUUCAAGCAAGCCUCAUUCAUCAGAAAACAUAGGCAUGCUGAAGGAUUUCUGCCACACAGUCCUAAGUCACACAGAACAGAGAAGCGAAGCUUUGAUGACCAUCAAAACAGAGCAUGAGGAUCUUAGAUAGCCUUUUCCAAACCCUACCCAUUUCUCAAAAUGGCGUCAUCGAGCACAGUGACGGGAGCCUUAAUGACCAGCGUUGCCUCAUAUAUGUUUCAUUAUUGUGGUUUGUCUUGUCAAUUGUUGUGGGUAAUGGUUUGUUAAUUCAGCAGAAAUUUAGGGUCAUUCUUAGCUGUCGUCUGUAGUUCUCAUUGCUCUUACAGCAGAUUACCAGGUUAACAGCUACUUUAAAAGAAAAAUCCUUUUUUAAAAAAAAAGACAAUUUGGAUUAUUUAAGAAUCUAUUAGUAAGGAGGUGAACUCAAUUCAAAAUAAAACAACAGUAUUGCAAAUAGUUAAAUGCAGAGAACUUGACAAUAUUACUUGAAAACACCAAUUUCUUAUGGCACACCAUCUUAGAGUAGAUAAUGUAGAGCUUUUGUCUAAAACUUAGUCUAGCAUAUAGCCUGAUCAAACCUUGAUAGUUGUGUACUUUUUUAGAUGUAAAAUACGAUGCAGUUAUGCCUGUAAUGUCAAAGAUAAUAUAAAAUUGUAUCAUUACAUAUGUUUGACAUGCUUAUUUAUCACAAAUAAAAGGGAUGUGGGAUGUAAUUGGGUCAAGGAAAUGAGCUUUGCUGAAAAGGUUGGUUGAGGUUCUCCAAUAAAGGCCACAAAGUCAUGACAGUCAUUCAGCCUAACAAAAUGUUGCAGUGAUGUACGAGAUGACAUUCAUGAACGUGGCUCCAAAUAUUACUGUGUACUUUAAGCACGUGUGCUGGUGCUAACCACACUCCGGAGACGGUGAUCCAUAUAUGACUGGACAUGUAUGACUGGGUUUUGAGCAUUGUCUGAUCAAAUUCCACACCCCUCCACCCCAAAGAAAUUGAGAUCAGAUGUCAGAAAAUUCUCACAUCGUGAAUUAGAAACAAAACGCACAAUUUGAAUAGUCAGACUUCUCUGUUAAAGUAUCCAGUGACCAUUUUUUGUUGCGAUGUGCAAUGUUCAUCCAUCUAUUUAUAGACCUUUUAGUCUUAAAAGUAUAUGGGUUAUAGUACCAAUCAGUUUUAAAUUACUGAAUUAAGUUUUUUUGUUUAAAACCUCCUGGUACCUUAAUAUCUGUUGAGUGUUAUAAUAGCUCAGAAAUAAUCAAUGGCCAUUUGUACUGUGUUUGCAAUUUGCCCAAAUAGAAGGUGCAGGAAUAAUCCUGGACAAAGUGAGCCUGCAUUGAAGGACAUUUAGCAAAACUUCUUCUUCUGUCUUUUGGUCUUGUUUUCUGCUUUUCCCUUUGUCUUUUGCCUGAAAUUCCAUGCGAUUGUGGUUGCUGAGAUCAGUCAAAGCCCAGGCAUUUGUUUCCUCUGAUUGGUUGUGCAAGCAGCCGCAAUCCUUCACACAAGAUUAUACUAUGGAAGACGCUGUAAACAAAUGCAUUACUGACUUAAACUUGCCCAGUUGAUUUAUUAAAGUAGUUGAAGCCUCAUGGUUAAAAUGUGUAACAAGCUGUUUUGGUAGCUAAUGUAAUACAUUGUCGUCAAACUCCAGUAACAUUUUAUAUUAAGUGUAGUUAACAGAAGAAUAGUUGUAGAGGAUUACUCAGUUGUAGUGGCAGAUUAGUACACAAGGGGAUUUGAGAGCAAUUCCCUAGAGUGCAAUUUAAUUAGGAAAUGGUGUCACACUUUGUUACCAUGAAAUGUUCUCGUGAACUUUGACUUGUCGUGUACUGAUGUUACUAUAAAUGUCUCUACUGCUGACUUGACCAAUAGUAUGUUAGAACAAAAUCUAAACUGUGCUGCCCUUGUAACCUUUUCCCAUCUUUAAAAUGUUAGAAAAGGUAAAAUGGUGAUCAAAUGUACACGUACACUAAAUAUAAACUAAUAUUACGUCUUGUUAAUUGUCAAAUGUUUCACCUUUAAUUCAGUCUAAUGAACAUUGCAAGAGUCUGAGGGGGAUCAGGGUAACUGGAUGAAUGUUCUAAUAGUUUUCCCUGUUUGCAAUUGCUACUUAAACGGAAUAGACCAGUGCUGAUUUAUUCUGAGUGGUCAGAACAUGCAGUAUAGGAUGUUUUGGAUAAACACUAAUGUAUUUAAUUUGUUAUAUAAACAUUAAAGUAUAUUUUUGGA